AUGCCAUUACGUCACUCACCAACAUCAGAACGUCUGGAUGGUCUUUUAGUAGCAAUUGAAGCUCGUCGACAAGUCCAGCAACAACAUGGAGAUCUAUUGGAGAAAUUUCGACGGACGACAACAAAUCGGUUACAACAUUUGGACAAGACGUUUAUGGAAUUCUCAAUUGAUAUUGUCGAUGACGAUAUCUUGGAGCGAGGUUUUCAAGGGACGGAUGAGAGUGACAUGCCUCAAAAUCAAUUGUAUCGUGCAAUGGACGCGUUUCUACAGCAGAUGAAAGCACAGAAUACUUCACAUGUUGGUGUUUCAUUAUCAGGAGGUGUUGACUCGAUGGUUGUUGCCUAUCUGCUGCACAAACUGCGCGGAAAAUAUGGUGGUUAUACAAUUGUUGCAGUACAUCUAGACUAUGGAAAUCGUCUCGAGAGUCAAGCCGAGUGUGAGUAUGUACAUCGUUGGUGCAAGAGAUUCAACAUGAUUUUUCAUGUCCGACGAAUUGAUGAAGUAAAGCGUGCGACAACACGAAGGGACGAGUAUGAAAAAAUGUCGCGUGAGAUUCGAUACGCAACGUAUGCGGACGUGAUGCAAAAGUAUAACAUUCCAGGCAUGUGCUUUGGUCAUCAUCGUGGUGACGUGCAGGAGAAUAUUAUCUCGAAUAUGAUGAAGGGAAUGAGUUUGCUCAAUCUUAACGGCAUGCACGCGAACAGCACUGUAAACGGUGUCCGUAUCUGGCGUCCGUUUUUAGAAUUUGACAAGGACGUCAUAUUUGAGUUUGCACAUCGAUACGGCGUGCCGUAUUUCAAGGACACAACACCCAAGUGGAGCACACGCGGUAAGCUUCGCAACCACCUCGUUCCGCUACUUCGGGACAUGUACGGUGACGGAUUUCUUAACAACCUCUCGGCACUGGGUGCUGAGUCAAUGCAGUGUGCUGAGCUCGUGGAUUCACAGGUUCUGGCACCUAUCAUGAAAUCAGUUGGACAGAGUGAUGUGGCGGUGUGGCUCGACUGCGGACUACUGUCGGACCACCCGUUCUUUGUGUGGAAGGAGGUGUUCCGCCAAGUGUGUCAUAAUAUCAUGGGCAACAGUAUGGUACGCGAAAGGCCGCUGCACGAGCUUAUCCAGAAGCUAGAGCGGUUAGAAGCUGGCCCGGUAGGUAAGAACAAACACAAGAAUAAGAAGGCUGAGGUGGGGUCGUGGGUUACGCUCAAGAAGGGCAACAGGUCAUUCUUGACCAAAGACAAGCAGCUUAUCAUCUUUCGUGACCGUUUCUUUCCGCGCAAGGCGUACGUUGCUCAUCAAUUUCACAUUGUAGCAGGUGAGAUGUACGUCUUUGGCCCUUGGAAAGUGCAGACAAAGCUGCUAGAUGACGAUCACGCCACUGUUCAAAAACUCCGCGACCAGAAACCGCUGACCGUAUGGGACCUUGUGCACGCCAAUGGUGUCUCGUACGUGUUUCCAAAUGCCCCGCAAGUAGUUGUCGACUGUGAUUCUCGCUUCCACGUGCUGCGAGCUAUCGAAAAAGUUAUCACGGAUGCCAUGCCCAUUGUGUCUUCCGUUGGCGCGUUUGAUGUCGUCUGUACAGGCGAUGCUACCUCCAAAUGGGUUCAUGUUACUAUGACAUACUCUCAAUAG